AUGUCUACUAUGAUAAAUCAGAUCCCGUUGGAAUUGCUCGAACUGGUUUGCGAUGAACUAGAUACGAGAGACUUGGCGUCGCUGGUUGGGACUUGCCGCGACACAUACCACCGAACGAUAAAUCGCUUGGCGCAGCGAUACACAGAAAUCCACUUAGACUUCUCGCAAGACAGCUUUAAUCAUAUCCAUGCUAUUGCCAACAACAAGGUCAUGCGACAGCAGGUUCAUCGCCUGGUCGUGAUGACCCCGGAGCCUUAUCUCGGCCGGGACCUGCAGUGGCAGCGAAGCGUCGCAGGCCACAUACACAAUCCGCUACAAAUACCAGUCAUUCAACGGUUUCGAGAUGACCUCGUUGAAAGGCUGACGAACUGUCGAUCUUUUGUGAUAUCGCCUGUCAGAACCAAGUUUGUACCCGAGGAGGAGGAUGUCAACAAUAAUGAACAUUUCAAUCCCGACGACGCUGCUGGUGUCCUAUUGGAAAUCAUUGCCAAUACGUCGCUGCCCAUGAAGCUAUUCUGGUAUGGUACAGGAGUGAAUUACACCUCAAAUGUUAUGGAUAUUCAACGAUUACCGAAGGAUCUCUUUACAAAUCCCACCUUCAAGUCCGGAUGGGGGCGACUGGAGAACCUUCACCUGGACCACAAGCUUACGCCAUACAAUUACUCUUUUAUCUUGAAUAUGAUUCUCCAUGCCCCUAACCUUCGCAAAAUAUACCUCAGUCUGGCGCCACGGGAUUUGGCAAUCGAGUUUUUCUCCCAUCUUUCGCAAUCUCCGUCUCUCCCUAGCUCACUAGAGAGGAUUGCCUUAUGCUUCACGUCGAUACGAGCGGUUGACCUUGUCAAGAUUCUCAGUCAUUCUCGACAGACGCUUAAACGCCUCAUUUUAGAUGAUAUGGGGGGUUUAUCGUCGGACGAGUCUAAACUACACAGUCAAUUACAUGGUUGCUUCCCACGGCUGGAAAGUAUUGAUUUCAAUAAGUGCCAAUGA